AUGGCCCAAUCGACUACAGUUGAAACUAUUACUAUCACCAGACCUUUAAAAGUGAUCGCUUUGAUAUGUGGUCUAAUUGUAAUUGUUCUGAUGCUACUGACGUUGACGUCCACUGAUUGGUUAUUGUCAGCCGGUUGGCGUCAAGGUUUGUUUUCUCAUUGCAUUGCAGUCAAUGCUCCUACACCGUUACCAUUUAAUGUACCUGAUAACGGUCCAGAUUGUUAUCCAACACGUGAAGUUGGAUACAUAAGAGUAGCUGCAGCUUUGUGUAUAGUUACAUUGGUCACAGACAUAGUGGCUACUCUUUUAACGGGGCUUGGGUUGAGAAGCAAAGAUCAACGAACCAAAUACAAAUUCUACAGAGUAGCUGUUUACGUUAUGUUACUCGCAUUAUUAUCCUUAUUGAUAGCGUUGAUUGUGUAUCCAGUAUGUUUUGCAGCUGAAUUAAAUUUAGGGAACCGCACUGUGUGGGAGUUUGGAUGGGCCUACGGCGUUGGAUGGGGUGCCGGAAUAUUUUUGUUUGGUGCUGUUGUAUUGCUGUUAUGCAACAAAGAAUCCGAAGAAAUCUACUAUAAAGAACGUAAAGUAACAUCGUCCGCCUAG